CCACAAUUAUGAGCAAAAUAAUUGUAUUUAUGAACAGCUAAGGGAGUCUCUCUUGUGUGUGUUUCUGGGGAGUUACCUCUUGUGCUUCCACCUUGUUCAGCUUUCCCAAGUUAGGAUGACAUCAUUCUCCUCCAAUAAGAUUACGAGGUGUUGCAUACGUAAGAAGUCACGUGACCAGCUUCAGCCAAUCACAGAUAGCGUCACCUCAGAUUUUCCGCCAUUCUUCUGCUUGAUCCUGACUGAUUUAUUAGAAGCAAGUUUUCCAUUAUUUUCAUCGCUUUUCAGCAUAAAUUUAGAGGUUGGUUUGAGAAUCGUCAUCAUGGCUAGACCAUCUGUAUUGUUGACAGGUCACAGCUUUAUCUCAAGAUUGUCAGAAUCUCAGCAUCAGGAUCUGGACUUGCGAGACACAGAUUAUGUUUAUGACGUAGGUCAUGGUGGUGCCAAGGUUGACAACAAAUCCCCCAAGAAUCUCAGUGUGCUCAGUUCAGAGGUUUGGAAACCAUAUGAUGUAGUUGUCUUUCAAAUUGGAGAGAAUGAUCUCUCUCAUCACAACAACCAAUACGAUGUGAUAUAUGCACUUCAAGGACUUCAUGACCUUGUGAGCAUAGUCCGCAGGGCGAACAGGGACUGUAAAGUGGUGAUUGGUGAACUGUUUUACAGAGAUUUUUCAAAUGACAAGAACUGUAGGUUUACUUGUCAAGAAGACUGUGAGGUGUACAACAAGAAAAUAAAAAAGUUCAACACGAUGCUUAGAACUUUUUAUGCUGACUUCGAUUAUGUCUUAGUAUGGAAACAUCAGGGUAUGAAGGAGAACUGGAAAGAAAUGGUUGGUCACGAUGGUACUCACCUGUCUUCCUGGGGACUACAAAAAUUCAGCUCUUCACUCAGAGGGGCUGUCAUUCAAGGGAAGAAAUUACUGACUCAGCAUGGCUUCAGGAGGAGGCCCACCGGGAAUACCUCCUAUCAGAGAAGCACUGACAAUGAUCGACAACCAGGGUGUGACAGGGUUUCAGAAAGGCGGCACCAGAGGCAGAGAGUGCACCCGUGGUCCUGCCCAAGAGCUGGACACUCAGCAACUGGCUGCAGAGCUAAACAAAACAAUUGACGCAGCUUUGGCUCCAAGUACGAAGCAAACUUAUGCGAGGGUGUUGGAAUUGUGGAACACUUUCCAAUAUGAUACGGGAUUUCAUUUGGAUACAUGUGACCCAACUACAGUCGCUCUAUUUUGUCAAUAUUUAGCCAAAUCUUACAAACCAUCAUCUAUAAGAACUUUCAUCUCAGCUUUGAGCUACCAUUUUAAGUUAGGAGGGUAUAUGGACCCAACCAAUACUUAUUUGGUAAGGCAAACUUUAAUUGGAUUAGGAAAACUUAACCCAUCUUGUGAUUCUCGCCUUCCGAUCUCCUUAUCAAUUUUACAAAAGCUGAUAAGCAUCAACUCUUCAAUGAAUUUGUCCGACUUUCACCUGAAACUCUUCAAUGCUAUGUUUACUACUGCUUUUUUCGGUCUUUUGAGGGUUAGUGAAAUCACUUGGGCUUAUAAAUCAAAUCAUGCAAUAUCCAUACAAAAUGUUUCUAGAUCUCAAAAUACAUAUCAUGUCAUACUCGACUCUUUCAAACAUGCGAAGCCUAACAAAAUUCACAAAAUAGCUUUAAACCCGCAACAAUCCGAUGUAUGUCCAGUUCAACACUUAGAAUCUUAUCUAAAGGUCCGACAAGGUAUGGGUCACAAUCAACUCUUUUUACUUGAGAAUGGAUCUCCAGUGAAAAGGUCACAUUUUACUGACCACCUCAACUUCGUGCUACGUGCUGGUAAUUUUGAUCCCACUCGAUUCAAAAGUCAUAGUUUCCGUAUAGGGGGUGCCACAUACGCGGCAGCAAGGGGAUUAUCAGACUCACAAAUAAGGGAUUUAGGGAGGUGGAAGUCGGACACUUUCAAACUGUAUAUACGCUAAUAACUAGUUUACACAUUCAAGCAAUAUUAGAUGUAAGCCAGACAGCUCAUUUUAUGCUGAGGCACCAAUCAUUGUGAUAGUAUAUUUUAUUAUCAAACUUCAUAUAUAUUGUUAGCUCAAAGAAAGUUAUACAACAGGACUUUUUAUACGUAGUGGGGUUUAUUUUGUAUUUGAACCACAACUGGUCACUCUAUUCUUUAUAUAAUAAGGAUAGUCAAGUAUUACUAUAUUUAGUCAUUUCAUCAGUCUCAAGAAAAUGUUUAUGUCAAUUUAUAAAGUCUUCUGAAAAUUAAGAUAUUUACAUGGGAUUGACUUGUUGUAGUUGUUAUUCUUUACGUACUAAUACAUUUUAGAAACUCAAAUUUUCUUGAUUUAUUUGUUUUACACUUACUAAGUUGGUGGGGCCACAAAGUAACUGGCGGGUUGGAAAAUUGGGAUAAGUACAGUUCUUUGUUGUGGCGGGUAUUCAGACCCCACCUUUAACCGAUUCAGGAUAUUAGCUGUAAUUUUAGGUUUAACACCAGGUAAGGGUGUUUUCACGCUUGAGAGGCUCCCAAGGCUCGCAC